AUGUAUUAUUCUCCAGAUCUCCUUGUUGAAUUUCUGGCUGGUCUACAGCCUUACCAGUGUCCACAGUGCGGCAAGGGCUUCAGCCACCGCUACAACUUCAACCGUCACAGGCGCAGCCACAGCGGCGAGAAGCCAUUCCAGUGUCCGCAAUGCAACCAGCGCCUGAGCUGGAGCUCGGACCUGACGCGCCACCUGCGCACGCACAGCUGCGAGCGGACCUUCUGGUGCGCGCUGUGCCGGAAGCGCUUUGGCCUCAGCUCGGAUUCCGCGCGCCACCAGCGCGUCCACACCGGACCUGGUCAUGCACCGGCGUACCUACACGGACGAGAGGCCCUAAAGUGCGGGGACUGUACCAAAGUGUUUCAGCCACCGCGCCAACCUCAUCGCGCACCGGCGCGUCCACACCGGGGACAAGCCUUACAAGUGCCCGACUGCGGGAAGAGCUUCAGCCAGAGCUCGCACCUCAUCAUCCACCAGAGGGCGCACACGGGCGAGCGCCUCUUCCCCUACGGUGACGGCGACAAGAGCUUCGGCAGCCGCUCCUACGUCCUCACGCACCGCAGGGUCCCCACCGGCGAGAAGCCCUACGGCUGCGAGGUGUGCGGCAAGAGCUUCAGUCAGAAGACAAACAUCAUCACGCACCGGAAGCUGCACGGGGCGGCCAGGCGGCCAGGGACUGAAGCCUGA